AUGGAUUUCGGUGGACCAUAUCCAGAUGGUCACUAUAAUUUAGUGAUUAUUGAUAAAAGAACGAGAUAUCCGGUGGUUGAGCAAACUAGAUCCACAUCAAGCAGAGUAACAUGUGAGAAAUCACGUGGAAUAUUCGCGACGUACGGAGUUCCAGAGAGGUUAGAGUCAGAUAACGGACCGCCGUUCAAUUCUGUGGAAUUCAAAGAAUUCUCCCAAGAAAUGGGGUUUUACCACCAUAGAGUAACACCUGAGCAUCCACGUGCAAACGGAGAAGCUGAACGUUUCAUGAAAGUACUGAACAAAACAGAGAAAAUAGCUCACAGUGAAAAAAGAUCCAGCUAUUCUGCAAUAUAA